UUGACCAGAACAGCAGCUCAAAUAUCGGACAUGGAAAUAGAUGCGGAUACGACCCAAUACAUCCCGACCGCCACGCAGGUCGGGCACGUCCUCUGCGCUGAUUGUGGAACCGCAAUCGAACCCAACAGCGCUGGACGAUGUGUCAGCUGUUUGAGAAAUACGAUCGACAUCACUGCAGAGAUUCCAAAGCAGAACACUCUCAGUUUCUGUAGAAAUUGCUCCAGAUAUCUUUCGCCGCCGUCGGCUUGGUUGCUGGCCGAACUAGAAAGCAAGGAACUACUGGCGAUCUGCUUGAGAAGACUCAAGGGCUUAAGCAAAGUCCGACUGGUCGAUGCUGGCUUCAUUUGGACUGAACCUCACAGUAAACGACUCAGGGUAAAACUGACCGUUCAACAGGAAGUUUUGACUUCGACAGUCUUGCAGCAAAUCUUCGAGGUGGAGUAUGUGGUUCAGCAUACUCAAUGUCCCGCUUGUUGUAGAUUGGCCGCCAAGAAUAUGUGGCGAGCGUUGGUUCAAAUACGACAGAAAGUCAAUCACAAACGUACUUUCUUGUAUCUCGAACAAAUCAUCCUCAAGCACAACGCGGACAAAGAUACAGUGGCGAUCAAAGAGUCAAAGGACGGCCUCGAUUUCUUCUAUGCCACCAGGCAGCAUGCCCUCAAGAUGGUCGAGUUCUUGAACGCCAUCGCCCCCGUGCGGUCCAAGUCGAGUGAGCAACUGAUUUCGGCCGAUGAGAAGAACUCGACGGCCAACUACAAAUUCACCUAUUCCGUCGAACUCGCACCUAUCUGUAAGGACGACAUCGUCUGUCUACCGCCCAAGUUGGCUCGAGCUCAGGGAAAUAUCUCUCAGUUGCUAGCCUGUACUCGUGUCGGCACUUCGAUCCAUCUCGUUGAUCCAAUAACCCUACAAUUCGUCGAUCUAUCUGGUGUCCUGUAUUGGAAGAACCCGUUCCCAUCUUUGGCAUCAUUGGGCCAAUCGAUUGAAUUCGUCGUGCUUGACAUCGAACCCACCUGUCAUCCACCCGUGACCUGUGGCCGCUUCAUUCUGGCCGAUGCUCAGGUCUCGCCGGUCUCGUCAUCGAUGAACGACGAUGUGAUCUUCCAUACUCGUACUCACAUGGGCGGUAUUUUGAAACCUGGUGAUACAGUCCGUGGUUAUCAUCUUGCCAAUUCAAAUUUCAACGAUCCCAGCUAUGACGCUCUCAAUCCGAGCCGGAUUCCUGAGAUCAUUCUCGUCAGAAAGACUUAUCCGAACCGCCGAAAGAAGAACAAGCCUCGAAACUGGAAACUGAAGUCGAUCGCCAUCGAGGCGAACACCACCGCAGAAGAACACGUUGGUCUAGGCCGAGGUAAAAUUGAUGCGGCUAGCAAGAAGAGUGGGAAAGGAACAGCAGAACAAGCCAAGGUUGAAGCGGAAUACGAAAUGUUCUUGCGAGACUUGGAGGAAGAUCCGGAACUUCGUCAAAAUGUACAAUUGUUCAAAGCCCAGCCAGCUAGCAAGAAACUUCCAGCAGACGCCAUGGACCUCGAAGGGGCAGAUACUGAAUCCGUGGCUGAGACUGAAAUGGAUGACGACGAUUUCCCCAAGAUUCAAUUGGACGAACUGCUCGAUGAAAUGGAUGGCUUGAAUCUCAACGAAAAUGGGACAGAAACUAUAGCUGAGAAUGACGAUGAAAAUGUUGCUCCUUGAUUUUGUUUGCUUUUGGUUGGAGUUAUCUAACGCUUCCUUGCUGAUAUACAACUCAUCUUUUCUUAUGUGUCGAGAUUGCAAUUUUUAUCUUUGUGGACUGUCUUGACAUUCAUGAACCUUUGAUUUCUUUUGUUUUUCAUAUCGAUCAGCACCCCAUUUGUCUAAGAAUGAAACGCUCCCCUUAAUUAGCUUAAUCAACCAUGCUGAAAAUACUUCCAGGUGUUGCUGUGGUAGAAGCCAUCCCCUGUGUUUAAG